CCUGUCAAUAAAUGACACUCGUGUGUUUAUGCAGUAAACUCACAUUAUUUAUUCCAAGUUAUGUAUAUAUGUACAUGUAUAAAAAAAAAAAAAAAAAAAAAAAAAAAAAAAAAACCUUGUGUUAAAUACUGACGAAAACCAAAAUAACAGCAGCACUCAAGUCUCCUCAUAAUAAAAGUCUUCUUUUCUUUUCUUUUCUUUCUUUCUUUCUUUCUUUCUUCCUCUUUCUUCUUGCUUUCUCUCUUUUGCUAUCGCCCUUGUUAAAUAUGACGCUUUCAUUUGCUCUUCCAAAAUUUUCUGGAUCAACACUAUUGCCUUCCUCAGAGCCAAUUAUGUUAUAUGAACCACAAUAUUAUGAAAAACAUGCUGGAAGAGCAAUGCAUAUUCAAUUAAUCCCUACAAGGCCUACUCCACCUUUAAAACGUAAUUGUAAACCACCUCAUAUAAUUAUACCAGAACCCAAUUUUGAUGAUUUAUUGUGCCUAAGUGAUGAUUAUUUUUCUCCUUGGUCUCCAAUGGAAGAAGAAAGAGAAGAUACUGAUAAAUCAGCUUCCACUUGUAUUCAUUUUUGGAAUUCCUCAUUAUAAUUCUCUUAUGUGUGUAUUUUUGUAUUAUAAUUAUUUUCACACACAAUCCAUUAUUUGUACGAGGAGAAGGGCCCCCCCCUCCUUCCUUUGUUAUUAUCAAAAAAAAAAAAUCACGCAUACGCAUAUAUAACACAAGACUCAAUUAUGUAUAUUUCAUACACAUAAAUGUAUUUAUAUAAAUCAAAUAAUAUUAGUUUCUUCUAUCUUUAAUCACAUGAAAUAUAUGUAUCUUUUUUUUUUCUGUAAUUGUUUAUUGCUUGCGUUCAAAAUA